AUGGCGGCCGGAGACAAGGUAUCCAUCAACGCGCCGUCGCUUGGCGCAAAUAUCGUGGGAUCAUUGGAUCAAGAGAACAAUGUUGCCCUGUUUCGGGGCAUUCCAUUCGCAUCUGUGAACAAACGUUGGACUCACAGCGAGACAUUGCACUCCCUUGACAACGACUUUGAUGCGACGAAACUUGGACACAGAUGCAGCCAAUUAAGCGGAAUGGUGUUGGUCUCGGGAGGAACCAAUGAUCCUUUGCCUGGCGACGAUGAAUUCAAGUGUCUGAAUCUAAAUGUCGCCGUACCUAAAGAGGCUCUAUAUGCCCCAGAUUCUAAGCCACUGCCAGUUAUGGUCUGGAUCCACGGAGGUGGCUUUGCUUUCGGUGCGAAUUCAGUCGCUCGGUAUCGUCCACAGGCCCUCCUCGUACACGCACGCAAGUGUGGAACACCGAUCAUCCUUGUUUCAAUAAACUAUCGACUCGGCGCUUUGGGCUUCUCGGCUUCCAAAGACUUGGCCGAAGAAGUCAAUGGCGGUUCUCGAACUCAUCCUAUGGGCAACUACGGAUUUGUCGAUCAACGCAACGCACUUGAAUGGGUGAACGAGCACAUUCAAGACUUUGGAGGAGAUCCGUCCAACAUCACUGUCUUUGGUGUUAGUGCUGGGAGUGUCAGCAUUCACUUGCAUCUCCUUGCUGAGCAUGCUCUAUUCGAUCGCGCUAUCAUGAUGUCGGGUUCAGCACCGGUCUUGAGCCCCAAGGAGCCAGAGACCUAUCAAAGAGACUGGGAUCGUCUGUGUGAUAAGACGGGAAUUAAAGCAUCAACGGCUGCUGAAAGGCUAGAACAACUUCGGUCAUUGGAUGUGGAUGUCAUCCUGAAACAGGCAACCCCUGCUGCUAUGGGUCCCGUCGCGGACGGCAAGUUGCUCAAGUCGGGCUGGACCUAUGAAGAGAAUGUUUCCAACAAGCGAUGCAAAGAGUUCAUCUUGGGAGAUACCAAUGUUGAAGCUAUCAUCUUCGAUGGUUUGCUCAAGCGUCUUUCUCAAGCUCGCUUCCACGAAUUGGUUGACGAGGCUUUCUCAGUCGAAGAUGCCGAACAACUAUACCUCAAAUUUGGUUUCACUCGUGAGCCACAAUCCGAGGAGGAUUUCCGUAAAGCCUUCAGGCUUCUGGUUGGAAAUACUUUGUUCAACUAUUCACACGUUGGUAUUGCCAAAGCAUCUAAGAACUCUGAUGCCUGGAAGGACAAGGUCUACCUCUACCACUUUGAGCAGCCUUCUCCAUUCCCGGGUCCAACUCACGGCCUCUCUUAUCACGGUCUUUGCGCAAUGCUCAUGCAUUUGAACGAGCUUCCCAAUUGUCCACCACCGACACAGGAAGUUUCGUUAGAGGCUGCUCGUAUUUGGACCGCCUUUGCCCACGGACAACAGCCAUGGGAGCCAUACUCUCAGAACGGAAAGUUCAUGCGCUUUGGUCCAGAUGGAAAGUCGGACGUAUAUGAUUUCGAAAGCGAUACUACGAGAGACUAUAAGUUCCAGACGUGGCUUGGCGAGCAUAUAGGCGAGGUUGGGUCUUUUGUCGGAAGACUUGUCAUGAAUCUCGAGAACAAUGAGGCAUAG